AGCAGAGCGUGGGAGCGAGAGACAGUCCAACCAGAGCAGAAAGAGGAGGAGCAGAGUGAAAUUCAGCUGAGCGAGAGGAAGAGGGCCUGUGUGUGCUGUUUUAAACUGUGCUAGGCUGUGCCUCAUCACUUGGGAGUGUUGGACCUAGUCUCACAUAGGACGUUUGGAAAUUCUAUCUUUCUUUCCCUGCUUGUGAGCUGCCACAGACACCAAUACCCUGAGAGCUUUCUGGACUCACUGAGACAUUUUAAUGAAUGAGCUUACAGAAAUUAGAAAAUAUCAGAAGAGUUCUGUAACUUUCCAAGAAAUGCAACCAUGAAGACCAACCAUGUCUAAAUGACAGAUGCCUCUUCUCCUCAUUGAUGUGCCAUCUCUUAACCAGAAGAACAGAUCUACUCAGGAGAACAAAGACGACCUUCAUCUAAGAUAACCCAUUGACUGAAGAGGGCCCUCCAAUCCAAAGCACAUCCUGCUAGGAAAGGUUCAGCUCUUUCCAGAAGACCAACACAAGGCCAUCCAGAGCUGGAAGAGUAGCCUUGCUCAUGAGACUUUCAAUAAGCUACUGACUGGUAGGGAAAGACCCUUCUCUAGACAUAUCUUUAAUUUCAUUUUGGCACAGAUCUUGUAAUCUUUAACACAUUAGUUUUAUUCUAUUUAUAAACAUGGAUCCGACGGAGUAGCUAUUUCGUCACACUUUUGGGUAGUGGUGCUCUACAGUUGUGACUCGUCCCGGAUGGUCAUGGUCAUGGUCCACAUUGGGUGUUGAAACCAUCGCUUUAACCCGCUGGUGUCCAUGAAGAGGUUCGGCAGCCUGAGGAGGAGUAAGAAGCAGAAGGAGCAGGACCUGCUAGCGGCAGGAAGACGCCAGUCAGAGCCACCAUGUAUGCCUGUGUCCGGCCUCUCAUCUUCCCCCACCCCACCCAGCACCCCCAGCCUGCACAUGCUGUUCCCCCAGGAGGUCCACCAGAGUGCCCCAGAGUGCCUGGAACGCUCCCUCUCAUCACCCCCACCAGACGCCGGACAGCGCCUCAGCCUGCCGUCCUCUGCCAAGCCCCCCAUGUCCUCCUCCUUUCCGAUACCCUACGCUUUCCCACUGCCCCAAGCUACCUCACAGCCAAAUUUCUACGGUUUAUUCGAAGGCAUGUUGGAGAAACUUGAACUAAACGAUGAUGGUGUUGCUGCUGAACCAGAGAGUGAUAUUUACAUGCGCUUUAUGAAGUCCCACUGCUGUUAUGACAUCGUUCCCACCAGCUCCAAGCUGGUCGUGUUCGACACUGGCCUACAGGUGAAGAAGGCGUUCUUUGCCUUAGUGGCCAACGGGGUGCGUGCUGCCCCACUAUGGGAUUCAGAGAGGCAGUGUUUUGUGGGAAUGUUGACAAUCACAGACUUUAUCAUCAUACUACACAGAUACUACAAGUCACCGUUGGUGCAAAUAUAUGAGUUGGAAGAUCAUAAGCUUGAGACAUGGAGAGAAGUAUAUUUGCAAGCGACAUUCAAGCCUUUAGUGAACAUAUCACCUGAAUCAAGCAUAUUUGAUGCAGUGUAUUCCCUCAUUAAAAACAAGAUCCACCGGCUGCCUGUCAUCGACCCUGUGACGGGGAACCCACUUUACAUCCUCACACACAAGAGGAUCCUCAAGUUCCUACAGCUCUUUGUGCGUGAGAUGCCCAAGCCGGCUUUUAUGAAGCAGACUCUAGGAGAGCUGGGCAUCGGCACCUACAAGAACAUAGCCUUCAUCCACCCUGACACACCCAUCAUCAAGGCCCUGCAGAUCUUCGUAGAGAGGAGGGUGUCUGCCCUGCCUGUUGUGGACGUAUCUGGGAAAGUGGUGGAUAUUUACUCCAAAUUUGAUGUCAUAAACCUGGCAGCAGAGAAGACUUAUAAUAACCUGGACAUCACAGUGACCCAGGCUCUGAGGCAUCGCUGCCAGUACUUUGAGGGGGUCAUGCAAUGCCACAAGCUGGAUACACUGGAGACCAUCGUGGACAAGAUUGUCAAAGCAGAGGUCCACCGGUUGGUAGUGGUGGAUGAGCGCUCGGCCAUUGAGGGCAUCAUCUCCCUGUCUGACAUCCUGCAGGCCCUGGUGCUCAGCCCAGCAGAUGCCUGCAGAGAGGAGGGCCUCCUGGAGUGAGACGGGGGUCUACUGCUGGUGGAAUCACAGAGGCUGUCCUAAAAUAUAUAACUUGUAUUUUACAGGUAGCUGCCAAAAUAAAGGAAACGCUUGAGUAAAUGAGGGAUACAAAGUAUAUUGAAAGCAGGUGCUUCUAAACAGGUGUGGUUCCUGAGUUAAUUAAGCAGUUGACAUCCCAUCAUGCUUAGGGUCAUGUAUAAAAAUGCACAGUUGCCCAUUAUUUUCUUACCAUGGCUAAAAUAAAAGAUCUCAGUGACUUUGAAAGAGGGGUCUCAAAGGAGCACAGGGAGUUUAAAUUGGGUGUGUGUCUCCAGUCACCAGAUGUCAACCCAAUUGAACACUAAUGGGAGAUUCUGGAGUGGUGCCUGAGUGUUUUCCACAACCAUUAACAAAACACCAAAUUAUGGAAUUUCUCUUGGAAAAAUCCCUUCUAUAUAAUUCCAGACACUUGAAGUGAAUUGAAGCUAUUCUGGCGGCUCGUGGUGGCACAAUGCCCUAUUAAUAUAUUGGUGUUUCCUUUAUUUUGACAGUUACCUUUAAGUCUAUGGUUCUAGACAUGUGGCCCAGAGCCCUUCAUAUUGAUUCACUAGACUUUGAAACCAAAGGGCUGGGCUGGAUUGGACUGCUACUGGGAGGUAUAUGGCUUUAAUACUGGAGGACCAGCAUCUCUCUGUCUGAAUGGAACUGGACUUGAUUCACCAUGGGGCUUAGCCAGUCUGGACUGUGGUUAUGUAUGUAUAUGAGGGCUAUAUACGUUUUGGUGUUUGUCUCAGUAUCAUGCUGCUCUGUCGUGUUAACAGUGCCUAGUCACUCUGGAUAGUUUCAAACCUUCAAUGAACAAGUAGAUUGACAGAUAUGGCCAAGGCAUCUUACUUGAUGAUACGCACAAGCAUGUGUCUAAGUUCCCACGGGAAAUAAUAACCUGUUUGUAUCGGUGGAGCUGGAAUGUACUGGACCACUAAAAGUGAUGGUUGAGUAAAUAACGUCAGUCUAUAUUCUAUGCUGUCAAACACAGACCAUUUAGAAGAUAAAAUUGCAUUCUUCAUUUUAGUAUCAAAAGUGGCCAUAUUAUAGCAUGUUCUAUGAUAAGCCACAUGUUGCUAUAAUGAGUUGUUGUCCACACCCCAUUUAGGGGCUAUAUGCAGUCUCUUUGUCCAAUCCUUAGUCACAGUGCCUUUUGCUUGCCCUGCCCCUGACCAUGGAAGCGAAUGCCAUUCUCUAACCAUGAUACAUCAAAACGAAGUGUUCUUGAAGAACAAGCAAGAUCUUGUCAAAUGUGUUCUCAUUUAACCUGAAGGAGAAAUUGCAGGUGUUCAUGCUUUAUCUGGUUAUGAAUGGAGGGGUUUUGUUUGUAUAUGAGUAACAUGCUGUGAAGAGACAGAACAGGAAAAAUGCUUUAUUUUUGGAUAUAUAUAUAUUUUGUAUUCAUUCUCGAUAACCCUUGGGUUGAGAUUUAGAGCCAUUUAUUUUGCCCGCUUUAUGCACUUGAGCCAUGGAUCACUUCCAUCUAUAAAGCAAAAUGGUGGAUUCUGAACUGCUCUUGACCAGACUCCUGUGCUGUGGCCAGAGAAUACAACUCUGACAACUCAUCUCUAUUGUUUCACUGUAAAUAAGAAAGUUUUCAGGAAAAGUGCCAGAGAACUUUAUUUUUAUGUAACUUUAAAGAAAUCAUGUAGAAAUAACUGCAGUUUUAAUAUUGUUUUUGUAAAUAUAUUGUGGCAAUAUAAGCCAAUAUAAAUAAAGAUAAUUUAUAUUCAGAACAAGAUGUACAUGUGCAAGCAUGAGAAACAACACUAACAGUUAUGAAUGUUCUUUACUUUUCUAUUUUUCUGCAUGCAGAAAAAUAAACGAUGACACAAUGUAUUUUUAAGUAAUGUGUUUAUUGAAUUUAGUUUUUGGCUGUAGAUUUGCACCACCAUAUUUAACUGUUUUGCAAUCCAAAUUAAAAGUGUUUGGGUAAAUCAAUUUGCUUAUUAUGAUAAUCCUGAAUGCGGCAGGUAGCCUAGUGGUUUGAGCGUUAGGCCAGUAACCGAAAGGUUGCUAGCUUGAAUCCCCGAGCUGACAAGGUAAAUCUGUUGUUCUGUUCCUGAUCAAGGCAGUUAACCCACUGUUCCUAGUCAUUGUAAAUACGAAUUUGUUCUUAACUGACUUGCCUAGUUAAAUAAAUAAAAAUGGAAUUGA